AUGACGCCGUUUGAGACGCUCGAAAAGCGCGAGCUCGACUGCAAUCCAAUCUUCCCCAAAGAAGCCAUGCAGAAAAUCUCUAAGAAGCUUCGAAAUGGAGUCAAAAGGGGCGACGAGAUCACCUCAAAGGACAUCACAGGACAAGGCGUCAAAUUCAAGAUUCGCACGGGUGAAGAGGUCAGCACGAACGAUGUCACGAGCGAUGGACCUGGAAAACUGAUUCUGGGAGGAACUCCCUUUCCUCUCCUACACUGUUAA